UUCUUGGGCAAUGCGUGCUUCCUGCUGUCGGGUGGCGGGCGGCUGAACGGACUGGCAAAUGGCCGGAUGGCGAGUACCGAUGGUGAUCUUUCUGCGCGAUGAAAACUGCCGCCUGUAAUCCACUGAAAAGAAAGUCUACCAGUAGUUCUACUCCGAGGACACCUGUACUGUCCAUAAGUGCAAGAAAAAUUAAAGAUAAUGCAGCAGACUGGCACAACCUAAUGAUGAGAUGGGAAACCUUGAAUGAUAAUGGAUUUUCUAUUGCCACCAAGAUUGUGAACAUCAAAAAUGCUACACGGUUUAAUGACAGCAAAUUGGAGAUAGAACACGAUGAUCCCUCUGACUGUGAAAGACUGCCACAUGACUGUAAUAUGGAACUGGAGCAGCGUUGUACAGAACUACUUGGGACUUUUAAAAAUUUGGCCAAAAUACAUGAGAAAAUGGAAAAACUGUGUUCAACAACUAAAGGGGUCUGUGACUUAGAAACAUACCAUAAUGCAAGAGAACACAAGGGACCAUUAUUUCACACGUGGCCUGUUUCCUAUUUCUAUGAUGUGUCUGUCAAGCUCUUAGACAUGUAUUCACAAGAACUAAAACUCAAGCAAACCAUUGUGGAAGAAAUUGCUCAUACUGCUGACCAGGAUCUACUGAUGGUCUAUUUAUCAUCAUGGUUGUAUCAGCCCUACAUUGACAACAGCAACAUAGUCCUGUUAGAAAGUAUGUUGUUAGAAACAGGGCACAGGCAGCUCUAAUCUUACCUAUUUGAAAUAUCAUCUUAAUCUUAAACCUUCCUUUAAGUAGCAAGAGAAACAGUCCUAAUAAGGUUACAGAUUUGUGAUUUUUAUUACUCUGUAUUUACUUGCAUCUUAUUUUUAAUAAAAUUCUUGCAUUUUUAUGAUUUA